AUUGUUUGCACGCAAACACUGUUAUUGCAAUGUCAUGGUAGAUAAGCAUUUGGGUGAGCCUUUUGCAAUACCAGCAGCCUUAUUUUAGGGAGACGUUGGCACGAAAACUGUGCGGGGAAAAAUGGCGUUCAUGAAGAGUGCAAUUCUGGUCUGUGUGACUGCGGUGCUGACGGUGUACCUACCGCAACUCUGGAUCAAGACUCGUCCCAUCAUCACUUCAGGAACCGUGGAGCCUGGAUUCGAACCGGUGGCCAAACUCUUCAGGAAAAAUUUUGAGAAUGGUGUUGAAUACCCCUCGGGCGGGUCUGCGUUCUCGGUGUACUACAAAGGGUCAAAGGUCGUAGACAUCUGGGGAGGCUACGCGGACAGUGAGGCAGGACGGCCAUGGAAGGAGGACACCAUUUCAACUUUCUUUUCGACAACAAAAGGCAUGGCUGCUCUGUGCAUAGCCAUUCUAGUUGACAGGGGUCUCCUUGACUACGAUAAGACCGUGGCUUCCUAUUGGCCAGAGUUUGCCCAGAAUGGCAAGGAGAAAGUCACACUGCGCAUGCUCGUUAACCAUCAGGCUGGUCUGUCCUACACUUCCGAGAAAGUCACCUUGGAACUAAUGGAGGACCAGGAUGCUCUGGGUGAACUCCUGGCCCGAUCUCCCCCUGCUUGGGAGCCUGGCACCGCCCAUGGAUAUCAUGCUAUCACCUUCGGUCUGUACUUGAGUCAGGUCGUGAGGCGCGCUGAUCCAAAGCAUAGGACUCUUGGCCAGUUCUUCAAGCAGGAGAUCGCUGAACCAUUUGGUAUUGAUUUCUUCAUCGGUCUCCCACUGGAAUCAUUUCACCGUAACGCAAGGCUCAUGGGGAACGCCAACAGCGUCUUGCUGUCAUUGCUUCGUGGUCUAAGUAGUCCGCUCAAUCGGCAACUGAUGUUGGCCAUGGCAACAGGCAAGAGCGAUAUGUCGAAAAUCUUGGAAGUAGGCUGGGAAACCGUGGAUGGCAGUGUUUUGAUGCGUCCGGAAACGCUUGCCUUGGAACAGCCGUCUGCGUACGGCGUUGGAACGGCCCGGGCCAUUGCUACAGUCUACGGGAUAUUGGCCAAUGGAGGGCGGACUAAGGAAGGUAAAAAAUUGCUGUCUGAUAACAUCAUCAAGAAGAUCAUCUCUGAGGCGCAAAUUGACGGGUCGAUAGACAGGACUCUUGGGUUGCCGACUGUGAAUAACCUCGGUUUCCUCAUUGAUGAGUACGAGGGAUCAGCCCAGUUUGGACAUCCGGGUAGUGGCGGCAUGCAAGGGCGCGCAGACCCACAGAAGAAGAUCGGGCUGUCCUACCUGUCCAGCUACAACUCGGAGUUUGGCUUCGGUGAUGACCCGAGAUUCACCUCUUUGCAAGCAGCUACUCACAAGUGCAUCGAGGAAUUGGAAGCAAAGAGGCCUUGAACUAGGCUGGUGUCCUACUAUGAAUCUUGGAGAACAGAGAUCACUUUUGAGGUCAAGUCAAUCAGACAGUGGCGUAAAUUAAAUCUGUGCUGGGGACUCGGGCGGGAUGUUGAUCAUAAAAAAAGUAUUGCCCGGCCGUGGAAAUUCCAAAAAGGUGUG